AUGACGGCUAGAAUGAGAAACUUGAUGAGUAAGUAUAUCUCGGAGCAGCAAAGAGCCUUUGUAGCUGGGCGGGUAAUCCAGGAUAAUGUGAUUAUAGCUCAUGAAGUAUUUCAAUACCUGAAAAGAAGGAAAGAAGGAGUCAGGUGUGACAUGGCCUUGAAAAUUGACUUAAGCAAAGCCUAUGACCGUGUGGAUUGGGUCUUCUUGAUGGAAGUAAUGUUGAAGAUGGGUUUUUGUGUUAAAUGGGUCGGAUGGGUCAUGGAAUGUGUCACUUCAGUAGAAUUUGAGUUGCUAGUUUUUGGUAGGAAAGUGGCUCGAAUUAGUCUUGAUAAAGAGUGUGGCAAACUCAAUCCCAGUAUACCCGAUGUCAAGUUUCCUAUUUCCAAAGAAGAGCUGUAA